AAUGUCGGACUGACUUUGAAAAGGGUAUCAUGAAUUAAAGUAGAACAUCCACAUGCAAUUAAACAUUCAAUAGCAGUGCAAUUCCAUUAUGACGUCGUGUUAGCCCUGGAAUAGGGUCUAUGAUGAAUUCGAACCCAUUAGUAUUAUACAUGCAUUUGCCUAAGUCUACGUAAGGGAAGGCGGGCCUUGAGUUUUCAUCGACUUAUUCGGUCUGGACAUCUGUUUGAGAAACUGCUUCAUCUUUUCACCCUUCGUGUUUUAGGAUGAACGAGACUAACGCCAUUGACUUAUCCGGCGACGACGUGUCCAGAGACGCGAAAGAGAUUCAUGUUCGCAACGCAGCGCUGCCGCCGGAUUCCGGAGUACGAUUUAAAAAGAAACCUUUACGUAAAGAGAUUGUAAGGAGUUGGUGGUUUGCAUUAUCUCGAAGUGCCCCGGAAGGAAUAGGUGUUGCUGGACUGAAGUACAUCCUUCUGUCAAGGGAGCGUCGAAGCAGAAGGUUGUGGUGGUUGUUAAUUCUGUCUAUCGCUAUGGUAGGUUGCACAUUUCAAAUCAUCGAGAGGAUAAUGCACUUCUCCACAUUUCCCCUCUCAGUUGAUAGCAGCAUCAAUGAGACAGAAAGCGAGCUCGUAUUCCCAAAGGUUGUCAUCUGUAAUUCAAAUUCUUUCGUGAAAUCGAAAACACAGGCAUAUCCUGCGAUCGACAAGAUUCUGAGGAAUUACGAGAACCAAGCCUACAACCUCGGUGAGAUUAUUCCACUAACACCUGAAGAUGUGGAGCAACUUCUUAGCUUCAACACAACCGAAAUAUUCAAUGAACUAAAACACCAAAAAGAGGAUAUGUUCAUUAGGGCGGUGUUUGCUGGUGUACCUAUUAGCUUAGAUGAUAUUCAACCCGUUUUUACUUCAUUCGGCCGGUGCUAUCAGAUCAAUGAUGGUCAGAAAGACAAACGACUUCUCAGAGCUAGGGCUGGCGGGAGAGCAUUUGGUCUGAGUCUGAUGCUAAACGUCGAGCAAGAAAAGUAUUAUUACAACGUAUUCUUGAAAGAUGCCGUCGGGUUUGAUAUACACCUGUUAGACCAAGAGGAAGGCACGUACCCAUAUGAUGUAGGGUUCCAAGUUGGGCCAGGUGCAUCAACUGCUGUAUCAAUUACUAAAAGCCUGCGUUACAAUGCGAAGCCGCCAUACGGCGUUUGCGGAGAGAAAAAACUGCAAUAUUACGAUAAAUACUCACGGAUAAAAUGCUUUAGUGAAUGCAUGACUAAUGCUGUUGUAUCUACAUGCGGAUGCAGAGCACCAGCUUUACCAGGCAAAGCCCCAGUAUGCGAUCUCAUCACCACGAAUAACUGCGCGAACGCUUUCUUCUUCAACGUGUGCGAUGCUAAAAAGGAAGGGUCUUGUAGUAAUGCUUUUUCCGACCCAAAUUCACAAAAUGGAACGUUCAACAUGAAGAAUUGUAACUGUCCUCUAAACUGUGAAGAGACUAAGUUCUCGGUGUCUUUAUCCACGGCCAAGUACCCAUCUAACUUCCGAACAAACCUCCUAGCCAAAUAUCAUAGAGAGGGAUUGCUGGACUAUCAUCUCCGACAAUUCAAGAAUACAACUCUUAUUGAGCAUGACAUUGCGGCUGUAGAUCUUUUUUUCGAGGACAUCAGUACAGUGAUUGUCACACAGCAAGCAGCUUACUCGAUUUUCGCAUUAUUAUCUGACAUAGGUGGCGCACUCGGCCUGUGGCUUGGCGGGAGCCUUUUGACGAUAUUUGAAAUACUGGAUCUCUGCGGGCACUCGUUCGUCUCGAAGAUAUAAUACAAUGAGAUUGAUCACAAGUCAAGUUCAAUUCAACUCAGUGUGUUUGUUUUUAGUAACUGCGGAGCUUAGCCCCGCGGCGUACGGAGAGUUUAAGAACAGAGAAAAUAUAUUGUCAAAUACCAUUCAGGACAAAGAACAACCAAGAAGUCUUUGUCGAAAAUUCGUGAAUCAAAAACGCAGUUUUGCCCUUGAUUCUGAACAAAGGACGUGCCUACAAUUUUUCGUCAGCUCCGAAUCUCAGGACGAAACUGCUGCUCCGGUCCACUACUAUUUCGACAAAGAUCUCCCAGCUGUUCAUCGUCAUUUGAAGGGCAUUUCAAUACAUUUUCUACGUUUUUGAAAGCGUUGUGCGUCCCGUUGCAGAAACCCGCUCUUGAAUUUCAAGAACAAGCCAUUGGUUCUCACUUAUAUUACAGAUUGGACAUGUGUCUGAUUUGUCCCAUUGAUCAUACGCAAUAAUCAAUGCAUUCUCCGAGACCACCCACAUGAUCAAUCAAACACUGUAUUCUAUCUAUACAACAGAGAUUAAGAUAUCAACAAAAGGGUUUAAAAAAUCUUAGCUCUUACGAAAAUCAAUUUUCUCAAGAUUUGUAUUACUACUAUUAUCAUUAUUGACAAUAAAUGUGCAUUGUACAUCCACGAUCUAUACGAUGAAAGAUAUUGAAUCAUAUUAUUUUUAUCAAUUAAUUAUAUCCUGAUUAGAUAAUGUAUGUCUGUGAUAAUCUCUGUCGAAAUCAUUAGGUAUAUGCACUGCAAAUCUCUGGUGUUGAUUUAACACCAGCCCGGAAUCUUAAUAUGUCCACACCAGAGAAGUGUUAAACAACACCAGUUUCGUUUUGGUCUAACACCAGAUAGGUGUUUAUACAACACCAAUUAGUAUUAAAAUAGCUUCAGUUUGAUUCCAAACUUAUGUUGUUUCAAUACUUCUCUGGUGUGGACAAAUAUAGAUUCCUGGUUGGUGUUAAAUCAACACCGAAGUUUUUGCAGUGUGGUUCAGUCAUUAUUAUGAUAUAUACUUUACCAACAAUACGUCAUUUAUUUUCAUUAUUUCUAAAAACCUUGAAUAAAAUUUUCAGUCGAUAUGCCGUAUAUCAGAUUUGUAUUACUCUGUUACGAACUAAGGCCUGAUGGUCCCACUGGCCGACGGACACAAAACGUAUUCAUAACGGAUACAGCGGCUAAGCAUUAUUUCGGGGUGGCUCUAUAGAGCGUAUGAAACACGUACAUAACGUGUAUACAUGAGUAUCAAAAAAAAGUUUACACUUUGAAAAAGCCCUGGGAAUUAAAAAAUAUACAUGUGGGUAAUUUUUUCACAUAUAUUUUUGGGUUUAGUCUCAUCUAUCCAAUGAAAGUAGAAAUUUUGACAGAAUGUUAUACUUGAGUGAGCACUGUCCAUUUGUAAAGCUAGCAGAAAUCUGUGCAGAAAUGCUUGUUUUCAUGAUGUGUCAAGAUGAAAAGGCGAAAUCAAACUAACCCUGCGAAACAUUUCUCAUACAUUUCCCUUGCACUUUGAGUCAAUUGAAAUAAAACGGAUACAUGCAAGCAUUUUGUAACAUUUUACCACCCAAAUUAAAAUUGUAACACUUAGUAAGCACAACCUUUACCCUUUUUGUGCCAGCUGGAUCUGAGGACAUAAAAUAAAAGCUUAUAUCAGACAUCUUCAACAAUUUUUCACUAAGUUUUGAUCAUGUAAAGUGGUUUUACAUUUCAUUUUUCAUUUAAUACUGGUUUCUCCACACUUUUCCCAAGCUUGACAAUGAUUUAAAACAGAAAAUCAAGCCUAAGCCAUUUCAUGUAAAUCGCAGCUCAAUGUAAAGCAAAUAUCGUCACUGUGUGGGGAAGAGGGGUGGGGCGUAAUGUCACUCUUCGAAGUGUUUUGGGCAAGGAAACAAGUUUAAAAAGGUAAAAGAUAUAUUCAAAUCAAUUUUACUAGCUAAACUCCAUGUGUUCUUCAUGAUUAAGGUCUACUUUUAUUUGCAUAACUAUUUCAAAGUUCUGUGCAAAUAAUUUUUCACUAACUUUUCAAAAUAAAGUGGUGCUCACUCAAGCGGAAAUAUUUUUCGACAGUUAUAUCGUCAUUUGCUUGAAUGGAUCUGUACCAAUGUUAAAAUAUGGAAAAAUUUCAGGAUAUUACAAAUGUAUAAUUUUACAGGACUUUUUCUAAGUGUAAACUUUUUUGAUACGCAUGGUGUAUAACGGAUACAUAACGUUUUCCAACUGACGGCAUAAUUCGUUUCGUCUUACAUCCUCUCUGUAUCCGUAAGUGCGGUGGGAGCAAGCCGUUACAGCAGCUCAUUCAAAUAUAUAUACGAGACAUCGACAUCAAGCAUUUUAAAUUAAAAUGGAAUAAUUACAACUUUGCGCAUACAUAUUUCAUAAUAUAUAUUUAGAGAGGAAAUGGUUAUAUUUUGUAAAGUUAAUCUAGCAUUAUACUUCGGAUAGAUUUCCUGUAUACUUAUUAUCUAUUGAUGGAGUGUGGUUACAUCGAAAAAAUAUAUACAGAACUGAGAGAAGAUAAUUAUGUAUUACUCACACCAGAUACCGAAGUUUACCACCAUCACGUUUUGUUUAUAUUAUACAAAGUUUUAAAGGACAUUUUUACUAGAAGUAAAUGAUGCAGUCUUCAAUUAUAUAUUUACAGGGUUCCCGGCUUUUCAAGAAAACACAAUUCCCUGAUAAUUAUUUAAACCCAUUCCCAGUUUCGCAUGUUUUCUAAGUUGUUGCAGUGAAUUACAUGUAUUUUCCAUAUGAAAACAAUAUGUAAAACUAAUUAGUAACACCAUAAUCAGUCAUUCAAUGAAGGUUGUUUUGAUAUGCAACAAAAUAUAACAGGGUUUGUCUUACUACCGUGCUUUCGACUUUUGGGCCGAUCCCUGACUGGAAAAAAAGUAAAACAAAUUUCCCUGAUUCCAUAGCGUACAUAUUAAUAAUAUCCACCUUGUUGGGUGCUCAAGAACGAAAUGUUGGGAAAUGCACCGUUUUGUUCUUGCUAAUUAGCAAUGUUCAACUGAAUCAUUUUAGGGUGCAGACUAUUUUACGUUGAAAAGGGUGUGUUGGUUCAGUUGGUAGAGCGUCCGUCUCACAACCGGGAGGUCGGGAGUUCAAACCCCGGACCAAAAGACGUAAAGAGAUGGGAGCUGCUGCUAUCGUGUUUGGCGUUCAAACAUAUAAGGGAAAGAGCUUUGUCGAUCUGGCGCUGCACAGCGUGGCUGCCGGGCCCACGAUCAAUUGGGCAAAAAGUAUUUUUAUUUCAGAUUUUAUUUCGAACAAUAAAAUGAAAUGUGUAUUUUCAUCUUUUCACAUUUUCACUUUCCUUAAAUAGUAUAUACAAGUCUUCGCCCUUUGGGGCACAUAAUAAAACUAAAUACACAAUUAAAGGUGCUUACUACAUCGUACAAAAUCUUGGAAUCCUACUAUAAUUUUGUACCAACUCUAAGGGUUGAUAACUGAACCCAUAUAUCAUGGCGCGUAUUUGCCUAUUCGUAAUGCAACCCUAUAAAACCUACAUUGUUAAGUCUAAUCGUUUUACCUUGUACAAUGUAUCAAAUUUACAUUGAUUUAUAUUGUUAUUAAUUGAAAUAAAUCAAUAAAAGUCAA